AUGAUCGGUUCGUUGCUUCGAGCCGCGAUGGCGGGAAUCUCGCUCAAGCGGGUCUUCUACACUGUCCUCGCUAUAGGAUUCAUCGUUGUGGGGCUCGUCGCAAUCAACGUGGAACAGUUGCUCAAGAGCUUCCUUCUCUGGCUCAAGAACGACGUGGGCGUGUGGGGUCCGGUCAUCAUGGCCCUCGCGUAUAUACCACUCAAUAUCCUUGCGCUUCCGGGCGCUAUCCUAACGCUGGGAGGGGGCUACGUGUUCGGGCUGCUCGUGGGUUUCGUGGCGGACUCGCUGGGCUCCACGGCCGGCGCCACCGCCGCCUUCCUCGUCGGCAAAACCAUCGGGCGCUCAUACGUGUCAGCGAAGCUCAAGGAGUACCCGCAGUUCCAGCCAGUCGCACACGCCAUCUCCAAAUCCGGAUUCAAGAUCGUGCUGCUGCUGCGGCUGGUGCCCAUCCUGCCGUUCAACGUGAUGAACUACGUGCUCUCCGUCACGCCCAUCAGCCUCUCCUCCUACGUCCUCGCCUCCUGGAUCGGCAUGAUGCCCAUCACAUUCACGUUCGUGUAUCUGGGCACCACAAUAAAGGACAUAUCAGAGAUUGGCUCCCCAGGAGCUGCAGGGGCCUCGCAAUGGGUCAGUGCGCUUAUGGCCGGGGCGGUGCCUUUAAGGGGGAUGGUGCUUAUGGGGGGGUGGGGUGGUGCUUAUGGGGGGUUGGUGCUUAUUGGGGAAUGGUGCUUAUUGGGGAAUGGUGCUUAUUGGGGGGGAUGGUGCUCAUGGGGGGAAUUGGAGGGGUGGUGCUUAUUGGGGGGUGGUGCGCAUCUGUGA